CAUAUGCUCUCCCACCAACUGUUUACAUUUGUUUAUCUUGGCCUCUGUGCGCAGCAGGAAGCCAUCCUUCUCUUCAUUUUUGCCUAUCAGACUUCCAUGGAGAAAGGGCAGAGUCUGAGCCAGGCAAACAGAGCCAUGCUCGUUGCAGAAAAAAAAGAGAGCACUGAGGGAGCAUCCUCUCCUUCACCCUGCUCUCCGAAACCCACCGAAGGAGGUGGCGGCCGAUAUGACGUGUUCUUGAGCUUUAAUGGCAAAGAUACCCGAAAGGAAUUCACCGAUCACCUUUACCAAAGACUGAAUAUCGCAGGAAUUUGCGUGUUCAGGGACUGUGACAGCAUCAGAAAGGGCGAGGAAUUUAGUCCCGUGCUUCUCAAUGCCAUCCAAUGUUCCAAGAUUUCUAUCCCCAUCAUCUCCCAACGUUAUGCUUCGAGCAAAUGGUGCCUCCGCGAGCUUGUUCAUAUAAUGGGUUGCAAGAAGAGCAAGUCACAAACAGUUCUGCCCAUUUUUUACAAAGUGGAUCCAUCGGACGUGCGGCAUCUGGGGGGAAGUUUCGGGGACGCCUUCCGUUCGCGUAUGCAUCGUUUCGAUGAGAAAGAUAUCAAUGAAGGGCAACAAGCACUUAAAGACGUGAGUGACUUACAUGGAUGGAAAUCCGAUGAAGUUGCUAACGGGCACGAGGGAGAAUUGGUAGAACUGGUGGUCGAAACUGUUCAAAGAGAGUUACGGGAAGAUUUUUCUCUACUUGUUCCGAAGGAACUAGUUGGACUUGAUGGUCAUCUGAAGGAGAUUAUGAAACGGAUAGACAUUCCUUCCGGCCAUACUAGAAUGAUUGGAAUCUCUGGCAUGGGCGGGAUAGGCAAGACAACUCUUGCCAAGUGCAUCUACAAUCAACUCUCGAAUAAAUUUGAUCAUGUCAGCUACAUUCCAGAUGUUCGAGAAACUGCCCAUCUCCAAAAGAUUGAGUAUCUACAGAGUCGGCUAAUAUAUGAGAUACUACACGAGAAUAUUCCAGUGUCUACAGUUGAUGUGGGCACUAAUAUCAUCAAAUCUAGGUUAUCGGGAAAAAAGGUUCUCAUUCUCUUGGAUGAUAUAGAUGAUGACGCUCAGCUAGAUGCGUUGGCUGGAGAACGUAACUGGUUUGCUUCGGGAAGUAUUAUAAUUGUUACAACUAGAAAUAAAACUGUUCUUGAUCAAGCUAAAUUCCGUGUAGACUACGAGCAUGAAAUGAGUGAAAUAGAUGAGGAGAAUUCUUUGGUUUUGUUUAAUGCACACGCAUUUCGUAUGGACUAUCGUUCGAGUGACCUUGUGGGUAUAUCUCGUGAUAUUGUAGCCACCAUGGGCGGGCUUCCUUUGGCUCUCGUGGUUAUUGGUUCAUACUUGUAUAAAAAACCAAUAGGCAUAUGGGAAGAAUUGUUGAGGAAAUUGGAAGAGAAACCAUAUAAAGAUGUCAAAGAGAGAUUGAGGAUAAGCUAUGAUGCAUUAGAAGAUGGACAUAAAGAGAUUUUCCUAGAUAUUGCUUGUUUUUUUAUUGGCGAAAAGAAGGAACUCGUCAUGUACAUGUGGGACAUCUGUGGCUUCUAUCCAAGAGGAGGAAUUCAUGAGUUGGUACUGAGGUGCUUAAUAAAAAUUGGAGAUGAUGGUGAGUUAAGAAUGCAUGAUCAACUACGAGAUCUUGGUAGGAGCAUUGUUCGCGAAGAACCAUCGCCCGAGAAACGUAGCAGACUAUGGGAGUUUGAGGAAACCUACGAUGUACUAAACGAAGAAAAGGGAACUGAAAUGAUCCAGGCAAUUUCUCUCGGCCACCAUUGGUUCGAUGACCAGAAAUACACAAAGCAACACUUUGAAAAGUUACCAAAGUUAAGGUUCCUUCACUUGUCGCGUGGGGCUUUAAGUGGAGACUUUAACAAAGUGUUUUCUGGACUAAGAUGGUUUCGGUGGAAUGUCCCCAACUCGUUUCUUUCGGUAACUAAUUUGGAUCUAUCGAGAUUAGUGGUGCUAAAUUUGUCAAGCAGUGGGAUCACAAAUGAUUGGAGUGGAUGGUGUUCAAUCACGGAGGCAAAGCAGCUGAAAGUUCUUGAUCUUUCACAUUGCUGGAAAUUGAGAUGUACUCCUGAUCUCUCAGCCUUCCCAAAGUUGGAGAUUCUCAUCUUAAAAGGUUGUUACGAACUGGUUCAAGUCAACCCUUGUAUUGGCGAAGUCAGGAGCCUCGUUUCUUUGGACUUGAGUCGCUGUAGCCAUCUCAAGGUGCUACCAAGAGAAGUGGGCGAAUUAGAAGAGCUCAAAGAACUUGUUUUAGAUUCCUCCGGUAUUAUAGAGAUUCCUAUGUCAAUCGGUUCUCUGCGGAAGCUAGAGAAACUCAGUGCUUGUAAUUGUGAGUCAUUGAGAAAAAUCCCUAGCUCAGUUGGGAAUUUACAGAAGUUGCAGCAUCUAGACAUUCGUGAGUGUGCAAUAUCCGAUCUACCAGAAAGCAUAUGUAAUCUUUCUUCUCUCCAACGUCUUGGACAAGGAGGCAGUAUGGAGCUUCGGUUGGUGCCAGAGCUUCCUUCUGGCUUAACACAUCUGUCACUCUCUUGUCGGGGUCCCAACUUGCCACAGCUUUCCCGCCUAGACCACCUGGAAGAACUUGAUAUUUCAUGGAAGCGAUCUACUUGAACACAUAUCAUAGUUUCCCUCGAGAACCUUGAAACUUUGUGGUGCCUCAACUCAUUUGUUAAAUGAUCU